AGUCGCAUUCGUUGAACGUGUCGGGUCGCGCACGCGUCGGCCGCCUUGGCUCCCCAACAUCCCUUCAGAAUUAAUAGAGUUUCCUUUGAGUUUUCUUCUUAUUUGUCGGUAAUUAAGUCUCGUGUGUAUCUUUAUGAAGUGUGUCGAUAAUCUGUGCCGUGUUUAACGCUUCUGUUUCUUGAAUUCAUCCACCAUGUCUCGAGGUUUCGCCGGUACACGCGUUCGGAAGUUCGAAACAGCAUCGCGCGAUUCGCCUUCCGUCUCGUCGUGUUUUUCAUUUUUGAUCGCAUCGUUUUGUAAUUCGUCGUGCAAUUAACUCGUGCGGAAAUUCGGUUUGUCGUGGUGUGAUUUCGUUUGGAGAUGUGGACAUUUCGCGUCGGUUUCCGUGGCUUUUCAACUUCACGCAGAACUGAAUCUUGUGAUGGGCUCUCUCGAUGGGAAAUUUUGGCUACUACUGCUUCUGUUUAUCACGGUUUGUUCAGGCUUAGUGACAGUGUUAGGAGUGCUUUCAGCGUGGCGUCGGGCAAUUGGAUAACCCUCUCCUGGAGUGCAUGUCGCCAGCUGCUUAUCGGGUCCGACCGCUCUAACAGCAAAUUCAAGCUUCUCUUUACGCCAAGAUAACAAAGGACAAACUGGCUGAUGACGCACGGAAAAAACUGGAUCGGCGAAUUAUGAGGACCUGAGGAUUCCAAAUGUCACUCAGGAAGAAAGAUGGCGGACGUGGUGUUGGUGGGAAGUCGGCGACGAUUUUGUAUCCUUAUGACGCACUCCUCAAUUCUGGCACACGAUUUGGCUGCUGCAAAUUCCACGCACGGCACAGUGCCAUCACAGGUGCUGUCUACACCCUGAACGUGUCGAUCCUGGUGACGCUCCUGUACAGCUGGCGAAUCAGCGCCAACAUGAAAAAAGCGGCCGAUCUGGAGGAUGUGUACUACGGAGUUCAAAUUGCGUACAUAGCCAUAGUCGGCACGCAACUUUUCAUGAUUGUGCUCAGUAUAACACUACUUUUUGGAAUUUACAAGGAAAAUUCGGGUUUAGUCGUGCCAUGGAUAAUUGGCUGCAUCGCUUUCAUGGCCAUGGAAGCGCUAGCCAUGGUCUACUCAAACGUACUUAGGGAUCAUGUAAAUAGGCAAUUCGACUCCCUGUGCAAAGCAGAGGUGACGUUCUUCCUGUCACGCGCUCUCCUGAACGUGGUGGCCCUGUUCGGGGUGAUCAAGUACUACAACAUGCUGCGGGUGGGCAUCACGUGGAAGAAGGCGGAGAUGAUCGAGCUGUGAUAUAAGGUGGGCACUGCCACCUCGGUGCCGAGCCCGAGCGGCGCUCGAACCCUCAGCACCAGCAGCAGUGCCUCUUCCUCCACUUCCACCUCGGCUCACUCCCAGUGCCCCUGCGACAGUGUAUGAUACCGCCCUCAACGCAGCCUCGCAUCUCAGAUUGCUUCCAGUGACAAAGCAACUAUUCACGCCUUGCGGAUUCUAACUCACCCGAAUCCGCUCUCAUGAACUCUUAGUGGUCCUGCACUGUGGACAAUACCACCCUCAACACAGCAACUCCCAGUACUCCUGCGAAAGUGUGGGAUACCGCCCUCAACGCAGUUUCGCAUCUUCAGAUUGCUUUCAGUUACAAAGCAACUAUUCACGCGUUGCGGAUUCUAACCAGCCCGAAGUGACUUUGAUCCACUCUUAUGCACUCCUAGUGGCCCUGUCCUGUGGAUGAUACCACCCUUAACAAAGCUUCUCCUGGUGCCCCUACGACUGUGUAUGAUACCGCCCUCAACACAGCUUUGCAUCUCACAUUGCUUCCAGUUACAAAUCAAUUAUUCACGCGUUGCGGAUUCUAACCCGCCCGAAGUGACUUUGGUCCGCUCUCAUGUACUCUUAGUGACCCUGCACUGUACCUAGAUGAUACCACCCUCAACACAGCUACUCUCAGUGCUCCUGCCACAGUGUAUGAUACCGCCCUCAACGCAGCUUUGCAUCUCAGAUUGCUUCCAGUGACAGAGCAACUAUUCACGCGUUCCGCGUUCUAACCCGCCCGAAGUGACUUUCACUUUAACCGCUUUUGUAUACUCCUCAUGGCUCAGCACCAUCAACACAUCUACUUUCAGCGAGUCCCAUCCCAAAAACUCCAGAUUCGUCUCCACACCCCUCUCAUUAUUUCCACCUUGAACCCCACCCGUACAUCACAAGCUCCUCCUUAACCCUUAUCCUCAUCUUGAAAAAAAAGGUUUUUACACGAUCUGACAGUUGGAGUCUGACUUCGCUCUUAUGUGCUCCUCACAGCCUGCACUCAGUAGAUGAUACCACCGACCACCCACAACGCUGCUACGAACCCUGGAUUCUACCCUUCCUGCCUCCAACUUACUAAGUGCCCACUGCUUCCUUUUCCUUGAGCCAGAUACUUUGAGUUAUUCCAUUUUUGAGAAAGAUAAUUAAAAUAUCAUGAAAAAUGAUUAUUAAUGUAGUAUUCAUUGAACGUAUUUAUGUUAAAGGGAACUAUGAGCAAACAAAUAAAAUAUCCCAUUCAAUUUAUCAUAAAUCAUAAUAGAUAAAUCAUAAUCAUUUAUCAUAAUAGUCCGGUUCAGCAUAAUUGGACUACAUUUUGCAAUUUGGAACUAUAAAUUCUAGCCCGGUUUAAAAAAAACGUAUGUGCCAUCAGGUUCCCUAUACACAUAAGUGUUUCUCCAGAAGAGCAAGAGUUUAUAGUUCCAAAUUGCAAAAUGUAGUACAAUUAAGUACCAUUCUGAGACGACUCGUGCCGACUACUAAUCGGAAACCAUUGAAUUAAAUCCAAAACAAUCCAGAAAAUACUCGACCCCUCUUCAGGUUGCCACAGGGUAGAAUUUAACUCGAUUAAAAUAAAAACCAAAUUCACACGUAUAGAUUAACAUUACCUCUCAUGAAUAAUCCUCUCUAUUAAUUUACGUUACAAUUAAACUAAUUGUUCCCCUAAAAUCCUCUGGUUCUCUUUUGCUGGGUUGGAUGAAUUAUGUACAAAAAUUAGUCAAUGCAACUGUAAAAUAUCGGCAGUGAAACUACCAGACCACGUACCUCGUUUGUGGUGUUCAAAAAUCUUCGUUCCCAUCUUAAUUUUUUUGAAGGAGAACAAAUUAAUAUCAUUCCUUGAAGUAUCCACAGAGUUUUCUUCGCUUCGAUAAGAAAAAUCAAGGAGUUUUCCAAGAACGGAUGUUUGACGGAUGAUGAACCGAGACAAAUUGUUUGUUGGUUUCAUCGUCGAUAUACAGGUAGAAAAAAAAAACAAAUAAAAAAAAUCAUCAAAUCAUCAAAAAUCAUUAAAUUAAAUAAAAAUAUAAAAAUUUAUCUGGAAUAUUUUAAUUACUCAUGAAAAACUCUCUCAUUGCUCGUGAUGCGUAGCGGAGACAUGCGAGCUUGUAACCUGGUCUUUUUAACUACAUUAUUUUCUUUUGAUGAGACAUAACAUGCCAUCACAUGCAGGUUGUAUUAAAAAUAAUUUGUUUAACAUUCAUAUGACAAACUAAAACGCUGGUCGAGGUACGUUUGGUAACAAAACAGACACAUCAAAGUCCGUGGUAUUUUUUAUAAGAGGACGGAUUCUGCGCAUGAAUAGUUGCAUAUAGUUUUUAUUAUUUUAUAUCUCUGUUAAACUUGUAAAUAAUUAGUGUGCUAAUUGUAUAGACCAGACUGUAUAUUAUAAUAAAUUGUAAGAAAUCAUAUUUAAA